AUGAAAAGAGCUGUCCACUUUCACGAAAGCCAAAGCAGAUGGCAUCUUCAAGAUCAGCCGUCCACUUGGAUUAUUCGUUCGUAUAGAACCAAUGCUGCAUAUAUGCCUCUAGGAUCCUUCUUUGUGAAUCCAAUCCAAGAAAGAAUGCAAGGUAAUUCAGGACACUACGCUAUCGAUCAUCAGUAUGAUUUCGCUUUUGAUGCCGCUAACAAUCCUUUGACGAUGGAUUGUACUCUUGAAGAUCCAUUUUAUUCAUCUUUUUAUAACCCUACCCCAGGGAUGUGGGGUGAAAUGAGCGGUGGAUUUGGAUUAAGUACCCAAUUACUUGGAAGAACUGAGAACCGUGAAUUGCUGUUAUGUGACAGAAAUCAAGAAAAUAUAAUGACUAAUGAUCGUGUUGAGGGAAUUAUAACGGAAAAAGGGAAGCAAAAAAUGUUGUCUCGAGAAACAAUUUCAAAGUACUUUUAUAUGCCAAUAAUUCAAGCGACCAAGGAACUUAAUAUUGGGGUGACAUUUUUGAAGAUAAGAUGUAGGGAUUUGGGAAUUCGAAGGUGGCCACAUAGGAAGUUAAUGAGUCUUCAAACAUUAAUCAAGAAUGUUAAGGAAUUGAAGGGGGGGGAAGGAAAUGGUAUGGAACAAAAGUGGAAGGAUGUGAUAGAUUCAUUAGAGGAAGAGAAGAAAAGGAUGGAAGAAAUUCCAGACAUGGAACUUGAGGAGAAAACAAAGAGAUUAAGGCAAUCUUGUUUCAAGGCUAACCACAAGAAGAGAAGGCUUAUGGGUAUGGCAGAAUUGCAGGCUUCUUUUGGUACUUACUGCAAUAGUGGUCCGAUUCUGACAAUGAUGCUGCUAUUGGUUAUGGCCAUAGAGAGGAAGAUGAUGAAGAUGAACUUUGGCAUUGGAUCUGCAUUUCUCGUGGUGAUGGCAUUGCAACAAUCUGGUGACGCUAAUAUAUUGCUCGGGAUUUCGAUUCAUGCUUUUGUCGAAUAA